AUACCAUAACUCUAGGCAAGUUCUCCUGCCUUAUAAAUGUGGCCCUAGGAAGUAAAACUCCAUGAACUGACUGGAUCAAUGAAUUAAAGCUGCUUGCCAUAUAGUCAGACAAAAUUUACAUUGAAAAUUAUCUUGGUGCAGCUGCUCAGUUUUUCUACAAUUGUGAAUUGCCAAAAAAGGAACAGGAAUUCCUUGGGGACCUCAGAAUUAAAUCUUUUUUUCCUGUAACAUGAUCCCAUGCAGUGGAGCUGUGAUGGAAGUCCAUUAUUACUUGCUAGCUGUUCUUAGAGUUGCUCAAACUGAGAACUGAGGAGUCCUUUGUAGAUGAUCCUCACUCUCCUACAAUUUCUGUGGCUUUGUAGCUCCACAAUUACUGSCCCGAUGGCACAAUGCCCCAAAAAUGAAUACUUUGAUAAUCUGCUGCUCUCUUGUACUCCCUGUCACCUGCGGUGUUCCAGUGCACCACCACCCUYGUGUGAAAACUACUGUGAGAAGAGUACCGAUUCAAGUGGAAUUCUUUGGAUUUGCUUGGGCUUAGGAGUGAUUUUAAUACUCACUCUGUUCACCUUAAUGGUCUUAUUUAAAUGGAAGCACCUAAAGCAACUAAAAGAAAAACUGGAGAACACAGACUCCUCUGUGGAGUGGAAUAAUAUACUCAAGGCUAAUACUGAAAGCAGYGUGAAUACAGAAGAAAUUAGACACACACUUCAAAGUGAAACAUUAAUGUAUUCAGUGGAAGAAUGYACUUGCAGUGACUGUGGCUCGGUAGAACCUCAGAGUGGCUGUGAAACUUCAUUCCCAUUACCAGCUACUGAAGAACGAGCRACUGUUCUAGUUACCACCAAAUCCUUUGAUUAUUACAACUACGUUCUGGGUGUUGGAUGACUGGGAGAGAAAUGUAUUUGUACUGGGUAAUAAUAAAUGAGUUAUUCCAGUAUAGCUGUUAAUACUUGCAGUCAGUGGAGAAGGUAGGACAUCAUCCUUAUAGAUCUCCCAUUCUGCUCUCCUAAAUAUUGUCAUAUUAGUUCUAAUUCUAGUAUUUCGUUAGCCAAUUAUUUCUACAUUAUUCUCAGAUAAUAAACUAGUUAUUGAAAUUUUUAAUCUGUGAAAGUCCUUACAUAGGACAACUUUUUCUGCCUUUAGAGAUUG